AUGUGUGGGAAUGGUACUUUUGAACAGUCAUUUGAUGUUAUGACAAUAACAUAUACGUGUUGCCCUUGUAUAGAACAUUGCAACAAUUGUUUAAAUAGUGAAUUAUGUAAUGAGUGUGAGCCAAGGUAUGGAUUAACUCAUAAUUCUACUGGAGGUUUGAUAUGUUCUCCAUGUGAACAUGCACAUUGCGCUGUGUGUGAAGAAGGUUCAGUUGGAGGAAAAUUGGAAGAACAAUGUUUUAAAUGCGUUGAUUCAUUUAAAAAAGAUGAAAAUGGAAAUUGUGUUUAUGAUGGAGACGCAGGAUAUGAACAAGUUCUUUUAUUUGAUAUUAUUAUGAGUAUUUGUGGGUUAUUCUUUGUUGUUAUUCUUGCUUGUAAACAGAUGAAUAGAAAAUAUCAACAACUUAUUACUGACUCUACAACUAAUACAAAAGAUGAAUAA